AAGGUGCAUGCAAUCAUUGAAUACGAGGAUCGCUAUGUGCAGCCCUUGAUAUUAGCGGCGCUCAAGGCCCGUAUGCCCGCCGAUGACUUGGUCUUAAUUGACUCCAUCUCAGAAGCACCUGUCUCGGAUGUCAAAGUGCUGCAAUGGAAACAAUAUGAAGCGCUGGACCUGGACCAUGUGAUGGAGAACUCUCAGACUAGCUUGAUGAAUUCAUACAUCAUCAGAAAAGCCUUGAUCAGAAAACACUAUCUUUCCACCACAGUCUCUCAUUGGUUGACCAAGAAUUCCGAGUCUUGUCUGCGAAAGAAUGUCAAACCAAGCGUCGAGUUCGAACUGGACUUUGCCGAGUUCCUUGAUGACGCUUUGCUAGAGGCUUUCGAGCUGAGAGAAAGUUUCGAGCAGAACGAGGGACUUGAGGCAUCGCAGAAGCAAUGGUGGAUCCUGAAGCCUGGAAUGAGUGAUCGUGGUCAAGGUAUACGACUCUUCAACUCCGAGGAAGACCUGACUGCAAUCUUUGAGUCCUGGGAGGAGGAAAGCGACGAUGAAGAUGCAGAGCACUCUGGAGAUGAGGAGCAAGUCGAUGAUGAAGAAGACGAAGGUAAUGGUGUGAUGACAUCGCAACUACGCCACUUCAUUGCACAGCCAUACAUCCACCCACCUCUAUUGUUUUCUGCUCCUUUCGCAUCUGCCGAGCGCAAGUUUCACAUUCGUACUUAUAUCCUUGCUGUUGGCGCGCUGAAGGUCUUCGUGUACAAACCCAUGCUUGCAUUGUUUGCUGGAAACACGUAUACCGCUCCUUGGGAAAGCGAAGACCCCAACGAGGACCUGGCAAGCCAUCUUACCAAUACCUGCAUGCAAACCGGUGAGCGCGAGGGCAGUGUGCAUGCAUUCUGGUCCCUGCCGGACGAUGUUCCUGGUCUACCAGUUCAGUGGAAGCAGAAUACAUUCGACCAGAUCUGCAACAUUGCGGCUGAUGUAUUCGAGGGCGCUGCUAGGGGUAUGAUGGUUCACUUUCAACCUUUGCCCAAUGCGUUCGAGCUCUUCGGUGUAGACUUCAUGCUGGACGCGGAAGGCAAUCCUUACCUGCUUGAGAUCAACGCCUUCCCCGACUUCGCACAGACUGGAGACGAGCUGAAUAGUAUUGUCCAAGGACUUUUCGAGGAGGUGGUCGAUGUCGCCAUCAAGCCCUUCUUCGGACUUUCAGCGAAGGACGAACAAGACUCGAAGAGAGAGCAUAUG